UGCCUCUUUUAUUCUUCAGAACUAAACCUAGUCUUCUUCUUCAGACCGUGGCACGCUCAUCACGAAUCAACAUCACGGUCCUCACCAGAGAGACUGCGUGUAGGGUGCGAGACAGUUUUGCCUUGCGGGACUAGCCGCAGAAACGUCAUCGACGGAAUUCAAUCCAUUCGAUUUCUGUUUCGUUAAGUGAAUAAUGACCACUUCGGAGGAAGAAAUCACAAGGCUCUAUAGGGUCAGGAAGACUAUUAUGCAGAUGCUUAGGGAUAGGGAUUACUUGGUUGGAGAUUUUGAGAUGCAAAUGUCACGUGCCCAGUUUGUACAGAAAUAUGGAGAGAACAUGAAAAGAGAAGACCUUGUCAUUAAUAAGAACAAGAGGGAUAAUAGCUCUGACCAGAUCUACGUCUUCUUCCCAGAUGAGCCGAAGGUUGGUGUAAAAACAAUGAAAACAUACACCAAUAGAAUGAAAGACGAGAGUGUUUUCAGAGCAAUCUUGGUGGUUCAACAAAACUUAACUCCUUUUGCUAAAACAUGCAUUAGUGAAAUAUCUUCCAAGUUUCAUUUGGAGGUUUUCCAGGAGGCUGAGCUGCUGGUCAAUAUAAAAGAGCAUGUUCUAGUCCCUGAGCACCAGCUUCUAACAAAUGAGGAGAAGAAGACUUUGCUGGAAAGAUACACUGUUAAAGAUAUACAGCUCCCAAGAAUUCAGAUGACCGAUCCAAUUGCUAGAUAUUAUGGAAUGAAGCGCGGGCAAGUUGUGAAGAUUACUCGGGCAAGUGAGACUGCUGGAAAAUAUGUUACUUAUCGAUUUGUGGUUUGAAUUGUCUCCCUAUUUUCUUAUAUUUGUUUGUACUGGAGUUGUUGUCUGCAUACUGAAAUUCUGUCAUUUGAUAAGGAUUUAAGAAGAUUUAUCUAGCUGUCUUAUUAUGGAAAAGGUUAUGCCUUCAGUUGAA